AUGAUGUAUUGCGCGGUCGAAAAUUCGACCGGUGCAUCAGGUUAUUUCAAUGUGAAGGUUGCUGGGCAUGCUAACAUGCCAAAUUGUUUUUGGCUGAUGGAGUGUAAUGUUUCGAAAGUGGUGAUUCCACUAUCUGGAUCGCCAAAGUCACCUACCCAGCUGAAGAAAUUGGUUGGUGAAGCUGAUUUAAGGACUAAGCUCAGCUUGACGAGAUGGACUGCUGAUUGGACGAACGCCACUUUUCUGUACGAGCAGGCGGGAAGUUCUCAGGGUGCACUCGAUGCUCUUACAAAGGGUGCUCGUGCUUUAAAAGAUAAGUCCCCUGAUGAAGCUAUCCAGCUUUACGUUGUUGCUUGUGAUCUUCUUGAAGAGGAUGAGAAUGUACAGAUGACCUUUGAUCUGUAUCGUGCUGCUGUAGGCGUUUAUGUGAAGCUUGAGAAGUAUACAGAUGCUGCAACGUUUCCUUUAAGAUGGGCGGUGGCUGCUGACAAGUCUAUGCUCGAGUCUUGGGUAUGCACUUUUAUUUUUCUGAAGAAGAACUCCAAGAUCUGUGCUGCUCGUGUGGGCUUAUUGACUUUAGGUGUACUCGAAAUAGAAAUUUUAUUAUGA